AUGGACUUGGACGCCAUCGGCAAGGCAUUGUUCGUGGGUUAUCGAACCAAUGUGCAGCCCUUGGAGGUGGCCUGCGACUUUCACGUCAUAUACUCGCCGGCUUUGAGGGAGUCGGAUUUCAACGCCCGACGCCUGAUUCUCUUGAUCGGACCGAGAUCUUCCGGUAAGACUCCGUUUCUCAAGGCCUUCACGGAGAAACCAUUGAAGACGACCCCUGGUCUCAAGGAGAUCCUCUUCAUAACCCACGGGAACUCGGAUCAGAAUCCCCUAGAAGGGACCAAAGCCGUCAGUUCCGGGAAAUUGGGUAGGCUCAAAGGCAUAUCCAAGUUCGGGUUGGGCAUUUUGCGAAAAGUCAAAGUCCAUGUCUUCGAUUCGCCGAACCUGAAAGAAGUGGACUUGGUGGAAUUCCCGGGCUUACCAUGGGGCCCUGAUGUCUCGAAGAAACAUGGGGCAUUCCACGAACUCCCUCUCGUAUAUUGGCUGGGAUUGAAGGCAGACAGGAUCUUCAUGUUCUUCGAUGUCAGAUCGAUACCCGAAAGCUUAUCGCCUCAGGUAAUUAAGAUGAUCCAGGCUCUUCGAUUCAGCGGGGAUCGAGUGAGCGUCGUCUUCACCCGAGCCGAAGACAUGAAAGUCGCCGAAAUGUUGAACCGAAUGGCCACGGUUCAAUCCCUGGUAUCUCGUCAUCUGGAUACCAGCAACCCCAUUCCCAUAUAUCUGACCGGCAGGAAACGUCUGGAAAACCCAUUCACGAGUCGCAUCUUUUCCCACAAAGAUCUCAUCUUCGAUGCCUCGCAUGGAAAACUUUUACACCUGCUCCGGAUGGCGAAUGUCCUGGAAGACCGAGGAAACUUGGCCAAAUCCCAGGCUUACAUCAAUGAUAUCUUUCAUCGUAGUAUCCAAGCCGAGGGCUCUCGAGCAGAAAAAGACAUGGCUUGGUUGGAAAAUCUGUAUGAUUUAAAUAGGACCUUCAUUCGGUUACAGAGAGAACGAAGCGUGAAGGAGACCAACUUUCCCAAUCUGGAAUAUCUUUGGGAUAAGUUGUUGUACUUCGAUCCUUCCCAGCUGAAGCCUCUGGACGAAAGUGCUCUCAGACGGUCAGAUGAGUUUCUCGUAUCAGACUUGCAAAAAUUGAGGAAGCAAAUUUUGGAGUUGCUGGCCAAGAAGGCUCAACUGCUGAAUUUGAGCCCGAAGAGAGGCACGUUUCAGUUCGAAAGCGCGCCUUCGGCUCGCAUCCCCGAAUUCACAUCGGAUUACAAUAGUCGUUGGGCUCUGCAACCUUUUCUAGAGCAAUACGGACGAAUUUUCAAAGAAUGCAAACCGAAGGACGGGAAACUGACCUUGACCCAAGGCAAGAACGCCAUAAACGCUUACAAACUUCCCCAGUUUGUAGCCGAACGCAUAUGGAGGAAGUCGGACUUGGAUAAGGACGGAAGACUGGACAAGGAGGAGUUCGCCCUGGCCUUGCAUCUCAUGCUGAGGAGAACUCAUAACUUGGAUAUUCCGAAUCGUCUACCCGUGCAUUUGAUCCCGAUGUCUAAAAGGUUCCUCUAUGGCACUCCGGGUGAGAGCCUGGAUACCAGGACUCUCUUACAGAAGCCAGAGUACCCCAACAUUUCCUUGCUGGAGCCAACCACCUGGGAAGAGGCGCCACUGCAGAUGCCAGAAGUUGACCUCAAGUCCCAUGCCUUCCAAGUAGCCGAGAGGGCAGAAGCCUUGGUAAAGCGGAGAUUGGCGGCUCUGAAAGCAAUAAUGACGGAUUUCAACGUGGAACCGGAAGAACCUGAGAUCACGAUAUCAGAAGUGUCUCCGAUAUCAUCAAGUGCUACAGCCGCUGAAAUGAGCGCGACAGUGCCAUCAGUAUCUGGAGCCACAAUCUCGUUGACGGUGCCGUCAAAUUCCGAGACGUUGAAAGGGACGAAAUCCAACUCGACGACCGAAACAACGGGUUUUAAGCAGAACGUCCUUCCGACUGAGACACUUUCGGGUAUACUGGAAAUCCUGGAGACAUCCGAGUCCAUUUCCAUCAAUGCACCUACUGCCACUGCUUCAUCUCAAGACUUGCCCAAGACGAUGGAGAAACCUUCCGAAGCGUCCUCGUCAGUCUCACAAAAGGUAGUUUAA